GGUGGUGGUGUUUUUUUCUGCUGCUCUCCUUUCAAUAUGAAGGAGGAUCAAGUUGUGCUGGAGGAACCAGGAUUCCAAGAUGAUGAGGAAUCUUUGUUUCAAGACAUUGACCUGUUACAAAAACAUGGAAUUAACGUGGCUGACAUUAAAAAACUGAAGUCAGUAGGAAUCUGUACCAUCAAAGGGAUACAAAUGACAACAAGAAGAGCCCUGUGCAAUGUCAAAGGGCUCUCAGAAGCAAAAGUGGACAAGAUUAAAGAGGCAGCCAACAAACUUAUUGAGCCAGGAUUCUUGACUGCAUUUGAGUAUAGUGAGAAGAGGAAAAUGGUUUUCCAUAUCACCACUGGGAGCCAGGAAUUUGAUAAGUUGCUAGGAGGUGGAAUUGAAAGCAUGGCAAUCACAGAAGCUUUUGGAGAAUUUCGUACUGGAAAAACCCAGCUCUCUCAUACACUCUGUGUGACAGCUCAACUUCCAGGAGCAGGUGGCUACUCAGGAGGAAAGAUUAUCUUCAUCGAUACAGAAAAUACUUUCCGUCCAGAUCGCCUCCGGGACAUUGCUGAUCGCUUCAAUGUAGACCAUGAUGCAGUACUGGACAAUGUGCUUUAUGCACGUGCAUAUACUAGUGAACAUCAGAUGGAGCUACUUGACUAUGUAGCAGCAAAGUUCCAUGAAGAAGCUGGCAUCUUCAAGCUGUUGAUCAUUGAUUCGAUAAUGGCCCUUUUUCGAGUGGAUUUCAGUGGUCGUGGGGAGUUGGCUGAACGACAACAAAAAUUGGCCCAGAUGUUAUCACGACUCCAAAAAAUCUCAGAAGAAUAUAAUGUGGCUGUGUUUGUGACCAAUCAAAUGACUGCUGAUCCAGGAGCAACUAUGACUUUUCAGGCAGACCCCAAAAAACCCAUUGGGGGACACAUUCUCGCUCAUGCAUCAACAACAAGAAUAAGCUUGCGAAAGGGAAGAGGAGAACUAAGAAUUGCCAAGAUUUAUGACAGCCCUGAGAUGCCUGAAAAUGAAGCCACCUUCGCAAUAACUGCUGGAGGAAUUGGGGAUGCCAAGGAGUAGGUGGUGAAUUGAUGCAAAUUGCUUCUUAGUGCUUAUUAGGAGAUGAAGAAAUAGAAAAGCAGUCUCACAUUUUAGAUCUUGAUUUAAGAAUUUGUUUUUUCAACAUGUUAUUAAAGGAAAGUUGGCAAGAGAUUUAACUCAUAUUUAUCUAAAAAUGUAAAAAGUUCUUGAUUUAUAACUUUACAUUGUAUGUCAAUUCAUGGAUAUAUAUGAAUGAAUAAACCUAUCAAAAUAGUUGGGGCUCUAGCUGGUUUUUCUCAGUGGUGAAGCAUCAGCCCAUGUACCUCAGUUGCAUGCUCAAUCUCCAGCACCAUACCCUAGCCUGAUCCCCAACCCAGUUGGGGCGCUUGUGGGAGGCAGUCAAUCGAUGUUUCUCUCUCUCUCUCUCUC